AUGGUUACCCGACCCAGGGCUCAGUCGGAUCCGCUCCACACGCACGGAUACCGCUAUCAUGUACAGUUGAUGUACCUCAUUGAAGAAGUCUACGAGCGCAAUCAGGAAACGUCUCCCCUCCUGCGUCUCCCCGCUGAGCUACGCAUGAAGAUCUACAACUACGUCUUCGACGCCAACAGCAUCAGCCCCAAGUACGAGACGCAGGACCACCGCACUUGGGAGUACCCGCGCUUAAACCUCUCGCUCAUCCAGGCCUGCCGCCAGAUAUGGACAGAGACUAGAUUGCUUCCCUUCACCCGCAACGUCUUCAGCGGCUACUCGGAGCACGUGAUUGAGAUGCUGUGCAAGAACCUUACGCGCAGCCAGGCCAAUGCCAUUUCCAGAGUAAGUCUCCUCGUCGACGCGUUUGCUAUCUAUCGCGAUGGAAAGAUCCCGCAUUCGGGUCUUAAAUCAUGGAUCAUCGUGGAGCUCAGCGACUUGUGCACGUUUGAGGGCCUCAAGGAGUUGGAGCUGGUUUGGUUUGGCAGCGAGAUUGAGCCUGUUCGAACCGCGUUGCAUGAGCAAGUCACCGAAGUGUUGGAAAGAUCGGGCCGCACGGAUAUCUUACUCAUGGUUGUUCCUCUUCCUCCUCCUCGGACGGACUGA